CAAAAUUAUCCUUUACGAAACUCGCCCUGAAUUUCUAUUUUUUCCCGUUUUCCAAAUUUUCAACUCUCCUUGCUCCUCCGUCCGCCGGAGAGAUCAAUGCCAAUCCACUAAACCCCCAAACCCAUCACCGCAAUGCGAGUCUCGACCCCCUCCGCGGCAGCGCCGUCGCCCCAUGGCGACGACCACCGCAUCUCCAACCUCGGCAGCCGCGACGCCGAGUCCCUGUUCCGCACCAAGCCUAUUGCUGAGAUCCGGAAGACUGAGGCGGCGACGCGGAGGCAGAUCGAGGACAAGAAGGAGGAGCUCAGGCAACUGGUCGGCAAUAGGUACCGCGACCUGAUCGACUCCGCCGACUCCAUCGUCCGCAUGAAGGCCUCCUGCAACGGCAUCUCCAGCAACAUCACCACCGUGCACGGUCGCAUCCGCUCCCUCUCCCUCUCCCAAUCCCAGUCCCAAGCCAAGCUCCAUUCCCAGUCCCGAGCCUGGACCUACGGCGCCGCGUGCCGCGUUAAGUACCUCGCGGACACGCCCGAGAACAUCUGGGGCUGCCUCGACGAAGGGAUGUUUCUGGAGGCCGCGUCGCGCUAUGUGCGUGCCAAAAACGUGCACCAUCACUUGUUCGUCGAUUCUGAUGACCAGAAGAAGAAGUUUCUCUCCAAUUUCGCCAUGCUCCAGCACCAGUGGCAGAUCGUUGAGAGCUUCAGGGCGCAGAUCUCCCAGCGCAGCCGCGAUCGGUUGCUCGAUCGCGGCCUCGCCAUUGCUGCUUACUCCGACGCGCUUGCCGCCGUCGCCGUCAUCGACGAGCUCGAGCCUAAGCAGGUAUUAGGAUUGUUUUUGGAAUCGAGAAAGUCGUGGAUAUUGCAAGUUUUGGGGAAUGCUGGUCCUAAUGAUGCUUCCUCCUUGGUGGUUUCGGUAUUGUGCGAUGUGUUGGGUAUAAUUCAGGUUACUGUGGGUCAGGUGGGUGAGUUGUUUUUGCAGGUUUUGAAUGAUAUGCCCCUUUUUUACAAAGUCAUACUGGGAUCUCCUCCGGCAUCUCAGUUGUUUGGUGGGAUUCCCAAUCCUGACGAGGAAGUUAGGCUCUGGAAGUCAUUCAGAGAUAGACUGGAAUCGAUCAUGGUGAUGCUUGAUAAGCGUUACAUUGCUGAUACCUGUUUUGCUUGGUUGAGAGAGUGCGUGAGCAAGAUAAGUGGAAGAAAUUUGAUUGAUGCCAUUGGAAGUGGCCAGGAUUUGGCUUCUGCUGAGAAAUCAAUAAGGCAGACGAUGGAAAGCAAGCAAGUUCUUCAGGGGAGUCUAGAAUGGCUGAAGAGUGUUUUUGGCUCGGAGAUUGAGUUGCCUUGGAGUAGGAUUCGGGAACUUGUUUUGGAAGAUGAUUCAGAUCUUUGGGAUGAGAUAUUUGAGUCUGCUUUUCUUGGCAGGAUGAAAGCAAUUAUUGACGUGAGAUUUAGGGAACUAACAGGUGCUGUUGACGUGGUAAACUCAAUUUCUGCUGUAGGUGAGUUGUUUACCAAGCUGGAUGAUGUUCAGGUGUACUUGAGCAGACCUUCUACGGCUGGUGGUGUUUGGUUUCUAGAAUCGAAUGCCAGAAAAACUGGAGUUGCUUCUGGGUUUAAAGUUCAUCCUGAAGAGAGUGAAUUUCACUCUUGUCUUAAUGCUUACUUUGGUCCUGAAGUCAGUCGAAUCAGGGAUGCAGUUGAUGUUUCUUGUCAGAGCAUCCUUGAGGAUCUUUUAAGUUUCAUAGAAUCUCCAAAGGCAUCUCAAAGACUGAAGGAUCUGGCACCAUACCUGCAAAGUAAAUGUUAUGAAUGUGUAUCUUCAGUAUUGAUGACACUGAAAAAAGAGCUUGAUAGUUUAUAUGCCCCAGCAGAAAAUAGUGAAUCGCCAAGCGCUGUUACUGUUGAAAAGUCUCUUUUCAUUGGACGAAUAUUGUUUUCAUUCCAAAAUCAUUCUAAACAUAUACCCCUGAUACUUGGUUCUCCCAGAUAUUGGGCUGGUGGAAGUGCAUCUGCAGUUGCAAAAUUACCGUCUCUGGUGAAACAAUCUCGAUUUGGAUCUGAUUCUACUAUCUGUGAUAGUCCAGGGAAACAAGCAAGUCUUGGCUCUAAAAGACAAAAUUCAUUUUCCAUAGCUGCUUUGCUUGGGGUGAGAGAAGGUGCAAGCCCUGAAUUGGAAGAAUUGAAUAAGACUAUAGGAGACCUUAGCAUUAGAGCUUACAAUUUGUGGAUAUUAUGGCUCUCGGAUGAACUUUGUGCCACUGUAUCUCGGGAUCUUAAUCAGGAUGAUGCUUUAUCUUUGAGUACACCCUGGAGGGGAUGGGAGGAUAUCAUUAUCAAGCAAGAUCAAUCUGAUGAGAACCAGUCGGAGAUGAAAAUUUCUCUUCCAUCUAUGCCUUCUCUGCACAUCAUCUCAUUUCUCUUUAGAGCUUGUGAUGAAGUUCAUAGAGUUGGAGGUCAUGUACUUGACAAGAAGAUUUUGCAUAAACUUGCAUCAAGGCUACUGGAAAAGGUAAUUGGAAUCUUUGAGGAAUUCCUCUCCACCGAAGAGAGUGGUGUUCACCAAGUUUCAGAAAAAGGAGUUUUACAGGUUUUGUUAGAUGUCAAAUUUGCUACUGAUAUUCUCUCCGGGGGUGAUUUAAAUGCGGUUGGGGUACCAUCUAGUCAACCAAAAGCAAAGAUGCCUGUCAGAAGGAAACAAGAACAAAGUUCUGCAACCUCUGCCAUUAAAGAACGUUCAGAUCAAUUGUUAACUCGUCUUUCUCAGAAGCUGGAUCCCAUAGACUGGCUUACGUAUGAACCAUAUCUCUGGGAGAAUGAGAGACAAUCAUACCUACGACAUGCUGUCCUCUUUGGUUUCUUUGUGCAACUUAACCGCAUGUACACAGAUACUGUUCAGAAAUUGCCUACUAAUUCAGAAUCUAAUAUUCUGAGGUGUUCUACAGUUCCCCGGUUUAAAUACCUCCCCAUCAGUGCACCAGCAUUGUCCUCUAGAGGGACAAAGAAGACAUUUACUCCUUCGUCAAAUGAAAUCUCUUCAAGGAGCUCAUGGAAUUCAAUUACAAAUGGAGAACUUUCUCAGAAGAUAAAUUUGGAUGACAGUUCAAGUCUGGGGGUGGCAGCACCAUUACUGAAGUCUUUUAUGCAGGUUGGAAGCAGGUUCGGCGAGAGUACUUUUAAACUGGGAUCCAUACUAACUGAUGGACAAGUUGGCAUUUUUAAGGAUAGAUCUGCAGCUGCCAUGUCCUCGUUUGGAGAUAUUUUACCUGCUCAUGCAGCCGGUCUUCUUUCAUCUUUUACUGCACCCAGAUCAGACUCAUGAUGCCCCAAGCCAAUGAUUGUAAUGCACCCUACUUGCUCCUUUCAAGGUCUCGUUUCCAUAAAGUGUGAUAUAUGAUAUAAUCAUGAAACCGUCCCAGCCCUCCACCUUCAUUCGUGACACCACUCUUUUAGAGCAACUCUAGAAUCAUUUUUGGAAGCUUCAUCUCCAAACAUCCUAAACAUCUGUGGAGCAAAUGGAUCAAUAAACUAUGGGAUGAAGAUUCUUAAUGUUGAUUGCCGCGGUUAACUUCAUUUUAUCAUUUUGUCUUGGAAACGGUUGUGAAUAUAGAUACCCAAAUUUUAAGCAUGGCGAAACUUGGCAAGCAAAAUUAGAGUAGAUGGCAGAUUCAAGUUCGCGUGUCAUAUAGCCCAAGGAAACUGAAAUUCUUGAUAUUGUCAGAGUUGAGAGCUCCUGUAAUUCAUGGCUACUGUAUUGCGUGGUUCUACAUUUUUGGUGUAUGUCUAUAGUUGCAUAAAUUCAAUCAAAUUAUCUUGUUAGAUUUAUUUUAAUGUUCUGAUUACAAUGUAACACUGUAUUUCAAGACGCAUAUUCAAUGAAUUGAAUUCUAUAAACAAGCAGUACUUUAUUUAUUUUGUAUUA